GUGCAGCAGGUCACCGCUGCACGGGAAAAUUGUCUCCGUGGCAAAUAUCCAUUCCCCGCGAGCUGCCCGUGGGCAGAGCGGCAGCGCUCGGCGGCGCUCGGUGCCUGCAGUGCCGGGAGGAGGCUGCGGGCGCCGCUGCUGACCGAGAGGAGCGAGAGGAGCUCGGAGCGCCGCAGCCCCGCCCGCUGCGGAUCCGCUCGCUCGGCCGCUCGCUCCCUGUCCGAACCUGCGGUCUGCGAUCAUCUCCGCGGUGCUGGCCCACUCUGCAGCCAGGCGGAGGGACCGGCAGCUGUGCACGGUGCAGAAGCUGAGAGAAUUGAGUGGCAGCGGGAUUGGAUCGGCGCUGUUACGGUACUGGCAGUGCCGCUCUGGAGAUGUGCGCGGCGGGGAGGCGCUGGGGCCGGCGGCAGCGAGCUCUGCUCUGGGCCGUGCUGCUGGCAGCGUGGGAGGCGGCGUGGGGGCAGCUGCGCUACUCCGUGCCCGAGGAGAUGCCCAAGGGCUCGUUCGUGGGCGACGUGGCCAGGGACCUGGGGCUGCAGCUGCCGGAGAUCAGGGCCCGGGGCGUUCAUAUCUUGGACAAAGGUAGGACGCAGUAUUUUGCUCUGCACGGGAAGACGGGACAUUUAGUGACGGCGGAGAGGAUCGACAGAGAGCAGCUGUGUGAGCGUGUGCAGCAAUGCGUGCUGCGCUGUGAGCUGAUAGUGGAGGGACAGAUGCAGGUUUACGGAAUACAAGUGGAAAUCACGGAUAUUAACGACAACGCGCCGAGCUUUCGAGAGGCAGAGACAGCGGUGAAAAUGAUUGAAACGACAGUCCCGGGAGCGAGGUUUCCCUUACCAGACGCUCAUGAUCUGGACUUGGGCUCGAAUUCCCUGCAGAGCUACGAGCUGAGCGGUGACGAGCACUUCUCGCUGGCCGUGCAGGCGGGCCCCGGCGGCGAUCAGCGUCCCGAGCUGGUGCUGGCGAAGGCGCUGGACCGGGAGGAGGCGGCGUUUCACGAGCUGGUGCUGAGGGCGAUGGACGGCGGCGAUCCGGCACGGACGGGCACGGCUCGGAUCCGCGUGACGGUGCUGGACGCGAACGACAACGCGCCCGUGUUCAGCCAGGCAGAGUACACGGUGCGUGUGCCCGAGGACGUGCCCGUGGGCUCUGUCCUCGUCACUGUCACGGCCACAGACGCCGACGAAGGUUUAAACGGCCAUAUGCAAUACUCCUUUAAGAAAAUCACAGAGAAAGCCUCGCAGAUUUUUCAGCUGGACCUCGACACGGGAGCGAUUGCAUUGACACGUAACUUAGACUUCGAGGAUGUAAAAUCCUAUGAACUGGACAUACAGGUUCGAGAUGGCGGGGAUCUUUCCGACAUAGCAAAAGUCAUGAUCACUGUAACAGACGUCAACGACAACGCACCCGAUCUCACAGUGUCGUCAGUAUUGAGUGAGAUCUCUGAGGAUGCCCCGCCCGGAACCGUGGUAGCAUUGCUGCAUGUGCAGGACCGGGAUUCGGGGGAGAAUGGCGAGGUGCGCUGCUCUCUCGACGAGAACGUUCCCUUCCACCUAGAAAAUGCCUAUGAAGACUACUACAGCGUGGUGACAUUGCUCAGAUAUGGAGAUGCAGAUGAAGCAACUUUGAUGAGUCAGAAACAAAAGAGUAAAUGUGAUUCUGCUAUCUUGGCAUAG